UGUUCUUGAACUUCCCAUUCAAUCGGCCCGAAUCAGUCUUUCAUGUAGUUGCAAGCUACAUUCUUCUAAAAGUAGUAGAAAAUGCACUUAUCUCCGCUGUAAAUGGUAUUGCCAACGAGGUAUUUACCAAAGUGUAACGUUACAGAUAAAGUCAUCUUUUUACGGGAACAAUGGUGAAGUACUUUGCCUGCGUGGGUCUUCUGAAAAGUUCCUGGGACCAAGUCUGCACUGCUUUCUGGGAGCGAUAUCCCAACCCCUACAGUAACCAUGUCCUAACGGAGGACAUCAUCUUCAGGGAGGUAACCCCCGGUAACUGUCUGGUCUCUAGGCGACUGCUGACCAAAACGAACCGCGCCCCUCGUUGGAUGGAGAAGUACCUGCCGGUUACCAUGGCGAGGCACGCCUACAUCAUCGAGGAUUCCAUCGUGGACCCUCAGAACAGAACCAUGACAACGCUGACUUGGAACAUCAGCCACGCACGCAUGAUGUCUGUGGAGGAGCGUUGUGAGUACAGAAUUAACCCUGACAACACCAGCUGGACGGAGAUUAACAGAGAGGCCUGGAUCUCGUCUAACGUCUACGGGCUCUCCAGAGCUAUACAGGAAUUCGGCCUUGCCCGGUUCAAGACCAGUGUUACAAAGACCAUGAAAGGGUUUGAAUACGUCCUGGCCAAAAUGCAAGGUGAGAUCCCCUCCAGGACCCUGGCUGAGCAUGCUACAGAGAGGGCCAGGGAGACGGCUCUGGCAGCUAAAGAGAGAGCCAAAGACCUGGCCUCACAGGCUCACAAGAAACAACAGUAUGUCUGAGCUGCCAGUGUAGGGUGAAGUUGCCCCUAGAUGCUGAUAUGGUUAGGAUUGGGGCAGGGGAAGCUGAUCCAUGAUCUCUUCCAAGAAAACUUCAACCCGGAGCGCGAGGUGCCAGUGGGAGGAACAUUGGCCAGACCUGCCUGGAUUCAAAGACUAUUUAGAAAUAAUUUCAAGUACUUUAUCUGGGAUUGAUUUAAGCAUGCCUGGCAUAAUGGGAACCAAUAGAAUACUGCAAACCCAUGCUCAUCCGGCGCUCCAGACAGGCUCAAGCAAAUACAAAAAUGGAUUUCAAAAAUGUUGAAUAGUAUUUGAACUCAGGUCUGGUUGGCUCUAACUUGCUGGUCCAGAGUCAGAUCUUAUUCAACCCCCCUAAUGAUGACCUUUGGAGGGGAAUCUGAUCUGUGAUUAGGGUUGCAAAAUUCCGGUAACUUUUCACAAAAUUCGCAGGUUUUCCAGAAAAACCAGUUGAAAGAUUCCCGGACCAGGAGGGAAGCAGGACGUCUGGAAUCCUCCAACCAGGAUUUCUGGGUAUUUUGUGAAUGCUUUAGUAAUUUUGCAACCGUAGGUGUGACCGUGAGCUAGGGGAUGGACCAUUAGUAAAAUUUAGCUUGAUCUGAAAAUGUGGUCGGAGGCUUCGUAUGGAGGGUGUGACGCAAUUCCGGAGCCUCCGGAGGCAUGCAGAGGCCAAAUCAAGCUCCGUACCGAAUCGCCGUGCGACUCCCAAAUUUUGUAACAAUGCGGAGGGCUCCGUAUAGCUCCGCAGUGACUUGAUUGGUUGAUUUUAGAUGAGGGCGGGAGGUCCUGUGUAAACACAAACUCACUUCCUGUACAUCUUCCUUCACAACAGCUCUGCGAAGCGCCCCCAAAAAAAGUAUGUUUGCUCUGACUUCUGCAGAGGCUGCAGCGUACUGCUGUCUGGGCUGGGUCUCAAUAGCCCUCACUAGCUUCCUUUCCCUGUCUCCUUUCCUUCGGCACAGUACUCUUUUAACAGGUUGGUGAAAGCACUGGACUAGUUUCCAUUGUACUCCCUCCACCUGUCAUGGUCUUAUCAGUUAGUGUGUAGAUGCUGAUCUCAAUGAGACAAACCCUGCAUAAAUGAAGGCUACAUAUUAGUAGUGAAAGUGAAAGGAAGCGAUGAGGCUAAACGCUAUGGAAGUGGUUACUGUACGUCACAGAAUUUUUAAACUUGAGUAACUAGAUUGAUCUUGUUAUUGUUGGGAGGUAUGCGGCGGCAUUAGGGAUCCCACCCAGCAGGUGAUCUACUUACUGCAGCAUUAGGGAUCCCACCCAGCAGGUGAUCAAGAGACUGAUUCAUGUCUCCAGAAAUGACUUGUGACUCUUGUUAGGUGUCCAUCUUGCUGUCCACCUACUGAACACUUUCAUAGCCACCAUGAGGAUGAUAAGAGUUUCACGCGGUUGGGUGAAGCUGUCCCUAGACGCUGAUAUUGGGUCAGUUUAGCAUUUCCCCCACUAAUGGUUAAGGUUAGGAUUGGGGGAGGGGGAAUCUGAUCCUGGUUCUGUAAACCUACCCACCAUUCCCUCCAACUCAGUGGGUGCGUCCCAAAAUUGCACCCUAUUCCCUAUAUAGUGCAACUACUUUUGACAAGAGCCCUAUAGACCCUGAUCUAAAGUUGUGCCCUAAAUAGGGAAUGGGGUGACAUUUUUGGGAGUCAGCCAGCCUCGGUGCCCUUCUGUCUUUUACCAGUACAAGAGGCAACAACGUUCCAGGAAGCAUUUCUCCUGUCUGUUGUAGUUCCUUUACGUCAUAUGGUCUGUUUCUCACCCUGUAGAUGACUGGCCACAUGUCUUUAUUUACGUUUUGUGUUUUAGGCUUACUAGUGUAAAUGUUUCUGCUAGCUAGACUGCUCAAAAAGCAAAUCUCAAAGAAGUCUCACUCAGUCUCGAUUCAUCACUCUUCGCUAUAUGAGUUAUGGCGCUUCAUUUUAUUUUUUUGAUUCUGAAUGAUAUUUCAUUGCUUAAAAUUGAAGUUGUUACUAGUGUGAUGAUGGGGGUCCACAUUGCUUGAACGUGAUUGGCCUGGGCUGCUGCUGGGCUUUCGCUUGGCGUUGUGAAAAGACAGGAUUGCUGAGGAUGUCAUUGUCUGUCUGCUUGAGUCAAAUGUUG